GUUGGACCAAUUUUAUCAAUGGCGAGCAUUAUCAGAAAACCGUUAAACUUGACGGCGGCCGUCCGGUUUCGACUUCCUCCGUUGUUUCCGUUCUCCGGAAGCUCUGGUUCCGUUAACUCGGAUGCGACUCGUUGCUCUGAGAUGAUACCGGUGCCAAGUUUAGUAGAGGGAUGCGAUUACAAGCACUGGCUUGUACUCAUGAAGCCUCCCAAUGGAUACCCACCUCGUGAUCACAUCGUCCAAGGCUUUGUCAGAACCCUAGCCAUGGCUCUUGGGAGCGAAGAAGAAGCGAAGAAAUCGAUAUAUUCUGUAUCCACAAAGUACUACUAUGCAUUUGGCUGCAGGGUUCAUGAACCUUUGACUAACAAGAUCAGAUCUCUGCCUGAUGUCAGAUGGGUUCUACCAGAUUCUUUCAUAGUUGAUGGUGACAAUCGAUAUGGAGGAGAGCCAUUUGUCGAUGGAGAGGUUGUUCCAUACGAUGAGAAGUAUCAUGCGGACUGGCUACGAGAUCAAACUGACGAGGAUGCUAAGAAUCGAGUAGUAAAAAUAAAGCCUAGGAGGAAAAGAAAGAAAAAGGCGAUCUAGUUGAAGAUAUUUGGUAUUUGGAAGUCUUCUUGCUUCAGUGUGGCACUCAAGACUGAAGAUUUUCUGGAAUGACUUCUAGUGUUUACUUAAUAUGAGCUGUUGUAAAGAAUCCAAGGUGUAAUGGUAGUGAUAAAAGGUUAUUCAAUAUAUCAAUCAAUCCAAGAUAUUGAGUAGAUUCCACUUCAUUGUCUAGCUACUGAACUUAGAAGCUAACAGGAAUGUGUCUUCUAGUGACUGUAGAGAUUUUAUUGCAUAUAUAGAAUCAUAUGUUUCAGUGAA